CCAGCUUAAACCUUGCUGUGGGCCUGAGAAACAUAGGAAAGAGAUUAGAAAGGAAAAAAAAAAAACAAGAUUCCUGACACAACACAAGAGAGGAGAAGAGAACAGAGAAGAAGAAGAAACAAGAAUUUAGAGAAGAAAUCUCGGAAUGGCAGUGAUGGAGAACCUCAAGAUGUUCGUUGUUCAACAGCCUGUAGUCGCCGCUUCCUGUCUCAUCGCUGGCUUCGGACUUUUUCUUCCAGCCUUUGUGAGGCCCAUGCUGGAUUCAUAUCAGGGAACCAAGCCAGCUCCUCAACCUGCUUUAAACGAUGUGGUUGCAGGUAUGACUGGUAAAAAGUGAUUUCCCUGAGAUACAAGGGCAAAGUUGCCAACCUCCUUGUUUGAACUUAUUUGCAUUAUCAGUAUGAGAGAAAUAAGAGUACUGAAUACUAGAUAUUGGAUUCAGCUUCCUUUUGCUACGAUAUAUCUGUUCCGGCAUCAUUCAGUGGUUUCAUUUCAUAUUUAGGUUAGGAAUUGGGUUGAAUGUCAAUUUAAGUUCCGCUUGAAUAUUUUGUCUAUACUAGCAAAUGUGACUUCUGAAACAGGGAAUGUUAUCUCUUUGUGAUUUUAUUUUGAAAACGCCAACAAAAUGUUUGAAA